AUGUUCCCCGGGACUUUGCUUUUCAUGAUCAUACUCAUUUCUCAGAUUAAAGAAAAGGUAAUCCUUGGAGUGGAGGGCCAAGAACUGGUGUAUCCGAAAAGGCUUCCUCUGAUGCAGAAGAGAGAUGUUUGGCACAUCCACGAUUAUGACAUACAGGAAACUUAUGAAGAAGAAUUGUUGUAUGAACUAAAGCUAACUAGAAAAACCUUAAUACUCCACCUUUUAAAAUCAAGGGAGUUCCUAGCCUCAAAUUACAGUGAAACCUACUACUCUAUAAAAGGAGAGGCCGUCACCAGCUACCCUUCCACCACGGAUCACUGUUUUUACCAAGGAUCCAUCAUACAUGAAUUUGAUUCUUCUGCCAGUAUCAGCACAUGUAAUGGUCUGAGGGGAUUCUUCAGGGUAUAUAACCAAAGGUACCUCAUCGAACCAGUGAAAUAUUCAGAUGAGGGACAACAUUUUGUGUUCAGAUAUAAUCCAAAGGCACAGUUCGCUGCCAAUUAUUCUUGUACGGAACUCAAUUUUACCAGGACAACUGAUCCGAAGGAUGCUAUUAAAAUCGUGGAAGACCUCAAAACAGAAAACACCCAUAAAGAAAAGUAUGUGGAACUGUUCAUUGUUGCUGAUGAUAACGUGUGUCGCAGGAAUAAUCAUCCUCACAGUAAAAUAAGGAAUCGAAUUUGGGGAAUGGUCAAUUUUGUCAACAUGAUUUUUAAAACCAUGGACAUUCAUGUGACAUUGGUUGGCCUUGAAAUGUGGACAAAUGGAGAUAAAAUAGACAUAGAUUCAAAUAUGGAAAAUACCUUAUUGCGUUUUUCAAGUUGGCAAGAAAUAUUCCUUAAAAAAAGGAAUAAUUUUGAUCACGUUCUGUUACUCAGUGGGAAGUGGCUCUACACAAAUGCACAAGGAAUUUCUUAUCCAGGGGGUAUAUGCCUGCCUUAUUAUUCCUCCAGUGUCGUUAAGGAUCUUUUACCUGACCUAAAUGUAGUCGCAAGCAGAAUUGCACAUCAGCUGGGGCAUAGCCUUGGGAUGAAGCAUAAUGAUUACCCGUGUACUUGUACUUUUGAGAGAUGCGUGAUGGAUCACGGUGGAAGCAUUCCGGCACUAAAAUUCAGUAAAUGCAACAGAAUUCGGUACCUGCAACACGUGAAGGAUUACAAUCCGACGUGCCUGUUCAAUGUCCCAUUUUCUGAUAAGCUAAGUGAUUACCCGUAUUGUGGAGACAAGAAGUUGGACGAAGGAGAAGAGUGCGACUGUGGCCCUGUUCAGGAGUGCAGCAAUCCUUGCUGUGAUGCAAACAAAUGUGUGUUGAAGCCAGGAUUUACUUGUGCCGAAGGAGAUUGUUGUGAAUCUUGUCAGGUGAAAGACAGUUCUGAUCUCUGCUAUGAGAUGAAUAAAAAGGGAAAUAGAUUUGGAUACUGCAAAAAUAAGGAAAACGGAUUAAUUCCCUGCGAAGAGAAAGAUGUCAAAUGUGGGAAGAUACACUGCAGCAGAGGGAAGCACUCGUCUCUACCUGGAGAAGAAAAGAUCAAUCACCUUAAGAAGGUUUCAAAGAAGAAUGUCACUACUGAGUGCAAAACGUCUAGUUCAUACCGCAAUUCUAAAGAUUUGGGCCUGGUUGCUUCUGGAACAAAAUGUGGAGAUAAAAUGGUGUGCAGCAAUGGUGAAUGUGUGAAACUCGAAAAGGUCUACAAUUCAACCAAUUGCUUGUCUCUGUGCAGUGAAAAUGCUGUGGAUGGCCCUGAACGUCAGUGCCAGUGUGAGGAAGAACAGGAACAUGUGGACUGGGGAGAAAACUUAAAUGCUACCAAUAUAUCCAUCCUGGUUGUUGUGCUUGUCCUGGUGAUUAUUGGUGUAGGGGUUGUGGCAUUAUUAAUUCGUUACCAAAAAUGUAUUAAGCUGAAGCAAAUCCAGAGCCCACCGAGAGAGACACUGGGAGUGGAGAAUAAAGGAUACUUUGGUGAUGAGCAGCAGACAAGGACUGAGCCCAUCUUUCCCGACAUUCAUCCCCUCCACAAAUCUGCAAAUAAAGACCUAAGAGGAAUCGCAGAUCCCAGUCAAAGUGCCAAAGAGGGAUCUUCUUCCAAUGCUGUCUGCAGAUUAGGAAGCAAUUUCAUGGUUCCCUUGGAGGGAACCAGCAGGAGUGCUGUCCCUGUCCCCGGUUAUGGAGCCAGUUUUUUGAAGGCCAGCAAAUUAGCCACUGCUGCUGUGGACGCCCGAAGAGCUCCCCCUUUCCCCAGGGAUAUGUAA